AUGAGACGUAUUGAUAAAAUAUUUCUUGAGUUGCAGAAAAAUCAAAAUAAUUGUAUAGCUUCCACUUUCCAAACAUGUUCAGCAAGUACCAACGAAAAACAGUAUUCAGUGCUAACACCCAUAACAAUCGAUGAUGCUUUAGAAGCAUCCACUUCCCAAAAAUGUUCAGAAAAUAUCAGCCAAAAACAGUAUUCAAUGGUUAAACGCCUUAAAAUCGAUGAUGUUUCAGAAGCUGAGUCCUCCAUAAGUGUUAGGAACGAAAAUAAAGUCCCUAACAAGAGUGACAAUGAAAUUCCUUUUGACUAUGACUCGGAUGAUUCAGUGAAAGACAAGGACUUUUUACCAGAGAAUGAUAUUGAACUUUCAGAAACAAGUAAUGAACACGAUAAAAAUAGAGAUAGAGCUGGUACUGCAGACAAAGAAAACCCAAGAAAGGCUAAAAAGAGACAAAGAUGGAUAACAUCAAGACCCUCAACUUGGGCAAGAAGUGUUGAAAAAACGAAAAGAAGUCAAGGACAGCCUUACAAAAAUGUCACUGGGAAAAUUCAAGCACACAAGAUCCCCGCAGCAGUGGACUGUUCUAAAUGCCGUUACAAGUGUACAAAAAAGUUUUCUGAAGAGGAUCGAAAACUAUUGUGCCAAAAAUACUACAGUUUACCGUACCAACGACAGAAAGACUUUAUACUUAUGAAUAUAACGUCGAAAGAAGUUAAAAAUCGUAGGCCUAGGAAGGGGAAGAGAGUAAACAGAGAAGUAAUGCAAAAUCUUAUUUUUUUGCAAAAAAUGAAACUAAAUACCAGUGGGAUGGACAGAAGAGGUCAGAAGACACCGGCCAAUAAAACUCCUGAAGAUGUAAUUCUAAGAGUAAAAGCGCAUAUCGAAAGUUUUCCUGUCGUUGAAAGUCAUUACACAAGACAAUCAAGUAAAAGACUGUACCUUGAUUCAAAUCUGAAUAUACAAAAAAUGUACAAUUUAUUUAUGGAAAAGUGUAAUGAAAACCAAUCUAUUGGAGUAAGUAUGAUAACGUAUCGAAAAAUAUUUGGCACCGAGUACAAUAUGUCAUUUUUUAAACCCAAAAAAGACCAAUGUUCAACUUGUAAUGAAUAUCAGAAAGCAUCUACUGAAGAAAGGCUUCCACUGGAGUUAAAAUACAAAAAACAUUUACAGAGAAAAGAAGCUUCGAUGAAAAAUAAAGAAGAAGAUAAGAAAAGGGCAGCGAGUGAUAAGUCUUUUAAGUCAUUAACGUGCGACAUGCAAAGCGUUCUUCAAAUUCCCAUCUCACAAGUUAGUUUACUCUACUAUCUCCGAAAACUAAACUUGCACAAUUUUACUAUUUAUGAAUCGGCAGCACCAAAUGACGGUUUUUGCUAUUUUUGGACGGAAAUAAAUGGAAAACGCGAUCUAAAAAAACUUGUUCAAUGUACUGUUACCAACAAGAAAGACGAGAAAGGAAAUACUGUCAACUGGUUAAAAGUAAAAUGUUUUAAAUAUGACAAGCAGUUGCCCAACACGAUUCAGUAUAAAUACAAGGUUGAUACGACAAACAAUAUUUUUGAUGUAUGUCCAAAGGGACCUGAAGCUACUGUUGUUGAGAAUUAUUGUGAAAACAGUUUUUUGCCAACUUCAUCACGACUUGAUAAAGAGGUUGACACAACAAAUAUUUUUGAUGUGGGACCAAAUGGACCUGAUGCUGAGCAUUGCUUUUUGCCAAGUUCAUCGCAACUUUAUCAAGAUAGAGGAAUGGACACUUCAUCUAACCAAGGACAGUGUCCAGCUGUCAAUAAAUGGACUGAAGAAAAACUGUUAGAAGUACGCAACCAUAUACUGAGUUUUCCAUCCUAUGAAAGCCAUUAUGCACGUGCCCGUGUAAAUGACAAAAAAUAUCUACCCACUUACCCAAACCUUACCAAGAUAUUCCAACUUUAUACUGAAUGUACUCCGGAACCAGUUUCAUUCAAAUAUUAUUCUAAAGAAUUUUACAAAUUGAAAUUGUCAUUUAAAAUGCCAAAACAAGAUACAUGCCACAGGUGUGAUAAAUAUGAAAUGCUAAUAAAAAGUCUUGAAGGUGUCAACAAGCAAGAAGUCAUUAAAGAAAAAAAUACACACCAUGAAAGUGCGGAGGCUGCAUACAGAAUCAAAAGAGAAGAUAAACAGUGCCUCCCCACACUAGCUCUUAAUGCGUCAGUUGCCUUUUAUAAGAGACAACUAUGGACGUUUAAUCUCACUUUGCAAGAUGAAUUUGGCAUUACACUCAAUUGUUUGUGGGACGAAUCUACAGCUAAACGUGGUGCAAAUGAUAUUUGCUCUUGUUUAUUUAGAACAUUACUAGAAUUGCCUCCACAGAUUUUCCAUUUGGUUCUUUAUUCCGAUACCUGCGGGGGUCAAAACAAGAAUAGUCACGUGGUAGCCAUGUUUUUUUACUUAAUGCAGAAAAAAUCCAGCAUUAAAAUCAUAGACCACAAGUUUAUGGUGCCUGGGCAUAGCCAUAUGGAAGUAGACGUUGCCCAUUCAAUGAUUGAGAAGCAAAAACGAAAAUCUGAAGCUGACAUAUACCAUCCGCAUGACUGGUAUCAACUUGUUCGCUCAACGAAGUCACUUAGAGAAGAAGAACAUUUUAGGAAAGUUUCUUUUAUUAGGAGAGGGCGAAACGGAAGGGAAAUAGAUGACCCACAAAUUGCAUACAGCGAUCCAGUGCCAAUAAGUGCCGAGAAGAAGAAAGAUCUUUUAGAUCUCCUACCACUCAUUCCACCAGUAUUCCGGGAGUUUUAUGAAAAGUUGAACAGCAAUACUAAUGAACGAAGUUCAGAUCCUGAUAUAAUGUUAGAAUCAGAAUCUGAUGAUGAAUUUUAA